AUGUCGACUAAAAGAAAGGAGGUGUUCCGUGGGAUCGUGAUUAUAACCUAUUGGAGGAUUUGGAAGGCAAGAAACGAAAGAAUCUUUGAAGACAAAGAGGUUAAUGCGAUGGAUAUAGUGGCGGAUAUUAAGGCUAUGGGGAGACGACCAAGACAUAAGGCAUUUUGGGGUCGUAUACGCGAUAAGUUUUUCUCCGCAAUGGGUCGUGGCGUGUAUCGAACCCCCGACUCUUUUUCGGGAAAGUGGGGGGCUUUGAGGACGAAGGUUAGCAACUUCAACAGCAUAUACAAUAACCUCGUCAAUAACACUCGAAGGAGAAGUGGUGCGAGCGAUGUCGAUAUCAUGACCGAAGCCCACACCGAGUAUAGAAUGCUCCAUGGGCAUAUGUUUAACCUGGUAACCACAUGGGAGCUUCUUCGCAAAUCUCCAAAGUGGCACCUUGUGCUACCGUUCGACCCAACCCGCCCUAGAUCCAAACGGUCCAAAUCAACAUUCACAACCGAACCUUCUGGGUCAGAUGCUCGUACAGUAAUUAAUCUAAACGAGGAUGCUGACGAGUUUGAAGAACCCCAAGAGCUGCCUCGUCCAACUGGUAGGGAUAAAAGUAAAGUCAAGGCAAAGGCACGUGGAAAGUCUACUAAAUCAGAUGGAGAAACAAAUUGCGAGAGACAUGGACUUUCUCGCAAGGGAUCUUAUGUUAUUAAAAUUGCCAUUUAA